AUGAACACAUCACUUGCUCCGCGAAUUGAAUGCAAAUCACUCGUCUUUAACCUGGUCUUUAACCCAAAAGAUCGGCAUGAAAUCUUUUUGGCCAGUAUCCUGGGUCCCGACGUCGUACUUCCUUUACAGAAUGCGAUCGCAGAUGCGAAUGCGCCCAAGCUUGGUCUCACCAACGCCCACGACCUUGUCCGCGCCGCGAUUGGCGUCUUCCAUGCUAUCUCGGUGCGCAAGAUGACGAUUUUCGACGUCGAGACGGUCAUGUCGAUGGAGCACGCGUCGAUGCUGGGUCACGCUUUGGUAGUGUGCAACUACGUGGCGCUCGCCGAGCUCUUUAUUGGCGACGUCGCCACUCCGAGGAGCGCGAUGUGGUCCGUGAUGAAGCUGUUACGCCGGCAGUAUGUAGGCGCCCCCGCACUCGUCAUUCAGCAGUGCUUGGCCGCGUACGGCUGGAUGGCGCUGCACGCGGCUAUGCUCCGGCUCAUCCAGCGCUGGAUUACAUGCGGUGUGGACUCGUGGCACCAAGUGCUGACCCGCACGCCGCAGUGA